CUCUGCCUUGGUCUCAGUUCCGUGGCUAUCAUUCUGCGCGUUUGGACGCGAUUCUUCAUAAUGAAGGCACAUGGAUGGGACGACUAUACCAUGAUCCUUGCCUGGCUUUGCUUCAUUCCUUAUACUGGGAUUUGCCUGGAGGCGAUGAAAUAUGGCUCUUGGAAGCACCAAUGGGACGUUACAAUGAGCGACAUGUUCGUAUUCUUGAAGCUAGCGAACGUUAUGGAAGUGUUCUACAACCCAACCAUUUUCGUGACCAAGCUCUCGAUUCUCCUGCAGUACGAGCGACUCUUUUGUCCUCAUCGAGCCGGCUGGACACACCUUGUCAUAUGGGCACUCAUCAUUUUCAACCUGCUGUUCUACAUUGCUGUUAUGAUACCCCAAGUCCUGGCCUGCAAUCCACGAGAAAAGAUCUGGCAUCCAUAUAUUGAAGGGACUUGCCUAGAUCUGGCCGCGAUCUUGAUCAGCGGCGCUGUGGUCAACGUCAUCUCGGACUUCGCUAUUCUGAUUCUGCCUCUUUUCAAAGUUUGGCGACUCCAACUUUCCGCAUCAAAGAAACUUGGUGUCUCGGCGAUCUUUGCAACUGGAUUAUUUGCAUGCCUAUCCAGUAUAUUUCGCAUGGUGAAUAAUGUGCGUUUCGCACAUACCCAGGAUGUGACUUGGAAUCUGAGUCCAGUGGCAUUGUGGACCAUGGCUGAGAUAACGAGCGGCAUUAUCUGUGGCUGCAUGCCCGCCGUUCCUCUCUUCUUCAAACAC